GAAGCAGUUGGAGCGUCGGUACUCGGAGCGCUCGCUGCUCCGGCUCUUCUUUCCCAACAACUCGGCCUUCCUCAGGCUGUCAUGGCCGCCCAGGUUCCAGGUGUCAUCACAGGUGUGACCCCAAUUCGACCUGGCCUGCCUCAGGUAGGGCUGGUGACCCCAGUGCUGGCCACGUCCCCAUCUGCAGCAGCCUUACUUGGAGCAGAGCACAAGAAGAAAGAGGAGGCGGAGCUUCAGCAGGAGGUGCAGCAGGAUGGAGCCACGGAGCCGCUGAGCGAGCAGGAGCACAUGAGCAUCAGCGGCAGCAGCGCCCGGCACAUGGUGAUGAGGAAGUUGCUCCGAAAACAGCAGUCCACCGUCAUGGUUCUGAGGAACAUGGUCGGACCCGACGACAUCGACGACGACCUGGAGGGCGAGGUGACCGAGGAGUGUGGGAAGUUCGGCCGUGUGAAGAGGGUCAUCAUCUACCAGGAGCGUCAGGGCGAGGAGGACGACGCUGACGUCAUCGUCAAGAUCUUCGUGGAGUUCUCCGAGGCGGCCGAGAUGGACCGGGCCAUCCAGGCGCUCAACAACCGCUGGUUCGGAGGGAGGAAGGUGCUGGCCCAGGUCUACGACCAGGAGCGCUUCGACACCAGCGACCUGUCCGCAUAGGACUCGGGGGAACCGGAGCCGGACUCGGGGGAACCGAAGCCAGACUCGGGGGAACCGGAGCCGGACUCAGGGGAACCGGAGCCGGACUCAGGGGAACCGGAGCCGGACUCGGGGGAACCGGAGCCAGACUCGGAGGUACCGGAGCCGGACUCGGAGGUACCGGAGCCGGACUCGGGGGAACCAGAGCCGGACUCGGGGGAACCGAA